AUGUCGGGCAAACUGCUUUUGCAGUGCUUGCAACAAUCCCUGGAGAAACAGCAACUUCAGGAAAAGAUUGCUAGCCUGGCUUCCCAGCUUGGUGUUGGACCUGAUGGAGACAGCGCAGACCUCCUCGCUAAGAUCAACUCUCUGGUGACAGAAUCAGAGGGAAGGAGGCAACAGGCAGAGAAGAAGGCCAAGGCUUUCCAAGAUCAGUUCCUGGACUCAAAGAGCGAAGUCCAGAUCUUGAAGAUGGAACUGGCAGAGGCCAGAAAGCAGAGAGAUGCUGCUUUAAAGAAUCUUCAAGAUAUGACUUGGGAGCCAGUUGAGAGCUCUUCUCCUGCCGAUGGAGCAGCUACCAGAGGCUCUUGGUAUUCUGGAGACAACCCCCAGCUACUGUCUUCAGCACCAUUAGACCGUGGAGUAGCACCCACCUCUACACCAGUCACAACACCAUACAACCCAUCUACACCAGACACAGCACCAUACAACCCAUCUACACCAGACACAGCACCAUACAACCCAUCUACACCAGACACAGCACCAUACAACCAGUCAACUCCAGACACAGCACCUUACAACCCGUCAACACCAGACACAGCACCUUACAACCCUUCGACACCAGACACAGCACCAUACAACCCACCUACACCAGAUACAGCACCCUACAACCCAUCGACACCAGACACAGCACCUUACAACCCACCUACACCAGAUACAGUCCCCAUUGACACCAUGCCAUUACCCCUUGCACAACCAACACCUAGCCCCCAGGCCAGUGGUGCUGAAGCAGCAGUUGGUACCCCUCCAACAGUACCACUCUCUGCUCAAGCCCCAGUGGUUCACCAUCAAACACCAAUCACAGCCUCACGACCUACACCAGUGAGCUCAGCUGUUGGUGUUGCCACAUCUCCUUCUAGCGGUUCAACUGCCCCUGCCCUCGUCCCGGCAUCUUCUUUCGUCCAGGCAAUGGGCGAUCUGAAGUCCUUCCUUCCAGGAGGUGGGGACGUCUUCCUGGGCAGCGGAGUAAACGGAACAGUUCAUCUCUUCCGUCAUCGUGUGACCAACCAUCCCAUCGCACUGAAGACAUUCGAGCUCCCCAACGAUCUUGAGGAGAUGACUACGAAGGUCAAGGUCAUCCAGUCCGAAGCUCUCAUCCUCGACGUUCUUGGUAGAGAGGAGUGCUUCCCGACUUUCCUUGGAUGCUUGGAGAUAAGCACAGGAACGAUUGGCCUUGCGAUGGAUUUCAUCGGGGACACGACUACGGGAGAGACCUGGACACUCAGCCGUGGCAUGAGAGAGUUAGUACUGAGUCAACAAGAGUGGUUCAGUCUGGCUCUCGACAUUGCCAAGUCACUUGGGGUGAUUCACGAGAAAGGCUUCUUGAUGAACGACCUCAAGGAAGACAACUGCUUGCUUCGAAAGGCUACAUCUGGACGAUGGCAAGCGGUUAUCGUGGACUUUGGGCUGGCUUGUUCCCGAACCGAACCCUUUUCCUUCUGCUUUUCUACUGAUGAUAAAGAGAAGUACCGAAGAAAGGAGAUCUAUACCCACAUUGCCCCAGAAUGCGCCCUCGAUGACCAUCCGAUCUCUGUCUCGAGCGACGUGUUCCAGCUCGGCCGUCUGUUGACCCUGAUGGGAGAUCGUACGAACACCGCCGAUCUCACCGCCAUCGGGAACAUCUGUCGGCUUAAUACCCACCUCUGCCGACCCACCAUCGAAGAGGUCGUCGACGAGAUCGAGAGGGUAAUGUAG